AUGGGUCACGGCAAGCACAGGCGAUCGAGAGGAGGCAAUUCGAAUCCAGGCCAAACCAGUAGGACUUAUAAUCUUGAAAGGGAAGCUGAAUCGCUUCCUCUUGAUCAAGAACCUGAGGAUGAAGCACCAGGUCCAAAAGUUCAAUUGGCAAUGUGGGAUUUUGGUCAGUGUGAUGCAAAGAGAUGCACUGGUCGUAAGCUUGCUCGAUUUAACCUGUUAAAAGAGUUACGGGUUAACACUGGCUUCGGAGGCGUUGUUUUGAGUCCCGUUGGUAGACAAUGUGUGUCCAAGGAAGACUACAGUCUGAUUAAAAGAAAAGGAUUAGCCGUUGUUGAUUGUUCUUGGGCUCGUCUAAGUGAUGUACCGUUUGUGAAGCUGCGUUGUACUGCUCCUCGCCUCCUUCCAUGGUUAGUAGCAGCUAAUCCAGUAAAUUAUGGAAGGCCAUGUGAGCUAUCCUGUGUAGAAGCUUUGUCUGCGGCUUUAAUACUAUGUGGGGAGGAGGAAACUGCAAAUCUCUUGCUAGGGAAAUUCAAAUGGGGUCAUGCCUUUUUGUCUCUCAACAAGGAUAUUCUAAAGGAGUACUCGAAAUGCGAGAAUAGUGCUGAGAUCAUCUCAGUUCAAAAUUCUUGGCUUUCACAGCAAACUCAGGUCCCAAAACAACCACCUCCGCUUGAAGAGCGUGUUAGGAAAGAAGGUGAAUCUGGUGGUGAAUCAGAGGAUGAUGAUGAUGGUCUCCCUCCUCUAGAGAGGAACAUGAACCAUAUGAAACUAGAAGACAGUGAGGAAGAUGAUGAAAACAGCGAGUGA